AUGGAGUGCCCUCGAGCGACAGCCUUUGACCAAGCAUUUCAUGCCAUAAGUGCAAGAUUUUGGAAAACACUGGAUAAGCAGAUUCGGAGGGAGAGCGGUAACCUCAACUAUAAGAACUUGCUCCAGUGCCUGAAACAUUUCCUACUCCCCAGUACUUGCCCAGACCUAGACCGCGAGCCAGGUGGAAAAGAUCUGCUGAGCCUUGCCAGAGGCUUCAUGAGCCACAUUGUGGACCACGCUGUUACCUAA